AUAAAUUAAAAAGAUUAUCUAAGUUCUCUCAUAAGAGUAAAAUAAAUCAAUUUGUUAGCAAAUAUAUUCAUCUAUUAUUAAGAAAUCGAACUUGAAAAAUUUCUAUAUGAACUUAUACAUAUUUCUUUUUCCAGCUUUUUAUCCUACUUGAAGAUUCCCACAUUGAAAUAACGAUAUUUUUUGAAGCGACAUAGAGCAUUUUUUUAAUCAAUAAAAAGUAAACGUGCUUAUUAAUAUAAUUAGAAAUUUAACUUUUAAUUUUUCAGAUAGUCAAUUGUAUAUUUUAUGCUUUGGUACAACGUUAACAAGUAUUGUAAUUCUUCUAAAUUAUUUUCAACAAAGAAAAAGAAAAAAACAAGAAGAGAAACGUGUAUGUUUAUUUAUUUAAUUAUUCAUUGGUUCUCAUUGUUGAUAUAGAAAAACGAAUAUUUAAAAUGUAAAACAUUAUUUGAUUUCAGAAUUAGCUAAGAAAUCAAUGAUGUGACAUCGUUUUUAUUAUUAUGACUACAAAGCUGGUCAAGGACAUAUAUAUCAAGCAUGUAGACAUUAUUUUAAUAAACAAUUAAGAAUUGUGCCAAGAGUUUUGAUGGAUGUUAGUGAAAUUUCAUUAAAAACAACUAUAUUUGGGUGAGAAAUUAUUGAAAUGUAAAAAGCUACGAUACUCCUAUAGAGACAGAUUUUACCCAUUGAGAAGAUUUUUUCUAGUUUUUGCUUCGUCACUAUGAACUCAAAAUGCAUUUGUCAACAUUUAUUAUAGGUCGAUAUAUGAAUUACCAAUCCUAAUUGCCACAUCUGCUUGCCAUUGUCUUGCUCAUGUUGAUGGUGAAGUUGCCACAGCUCGUGCUGCAACUGAAACUCAAUGUAUUUUUACUUACAAUUCGACGUUUUCAAAUAUGCCAGAAGAAAAAGUUCUACAAACACUCGUUCCACAAGCUGAUAAAACAGGAUAUCGAGCAAUUGUUAUUACAUGUGAUCAACCACAUGAGCGUAUUCGAGAUUUUGUAUUACCAUUAUUUGAAGAAGCAUCAAAGAAUAUUGAUCCAGAAUUAAUCAAGAAUAUGUCAAUACCAAAUUUGAACAUACCUUGCAUAAUUGUUAAGCAACGUUUUGGUAUACUCUCACCAAUUGAUGCAGAAUUAGUAAUUAAAUAUGGAGCGAAUGGAAUUAUUGUCAGUAACCAUGGUAGUCGACUAAUUGAUACAGCGCCACCAGCUAUUCAAUGUCUAGAAGAUGUCGUCAAUGCUGUAGAUGGACGUGCAGAAGUAUUUGUUGAUACUGGUAUUCGAAGUGGAACUGAUGUGUUAAAAGCAUUAGCAUUAGGUGCACGAGCUGUUUUGAUCAGUCGACCAAUUUUAUAUGGAUUGGCUUGUGGUGGACAAGAUGGUGUUCGAAGAGUAUUAGAUAUAUUAAAACGUGAAUUAGUUUAUGAUAUGGCUUGUUGUGGAUUAACAUCGAUUGAUCAAAUUAAUAAAGAUAUUCUUUAUAAACAUUAA